AUGGCCGCCGUAAUAAACUAUAUAACAAAUCUCUUUACCCCCACACCCUCACAGCCAACCUACAAGAUCGCCAUCCUCGGCUACGAAGGCGCAGGCAAACAAUCGCUCCUCCGCGGUCUAACAGACAAAGGCGCCCCAAUAAAAACCCACCGCAAUAUAGCCUGUCGAUACCCCGACAAAGUGAAAGUCCAUGUCGGCCACAACACCCGCCUAAACAUCACAUUCGUCGCCAGUGACAUCGGAUACAGCGAACCAUCAAAUUGGAAGGUCUUCCGACGAGACUUUUACAAAGAUGCUGACGCAGCAAUCUGGGUGGUCAAUUCUCGUUCGAAAGGCGAUUUCUACGAAUCGCCUGAUUGGAUCGCGCAGGAGAUGACCGUGAAAGAGAGGAGAAGGGUUGAAGAGCAGAUUUUGAAGAGGAGGCAGGAUGGAACAGAUGUGUCUGCGGAGGAGGCUCAAAUUGCGAAAAUGACGCCGUCAAAGUUUGAUGAGGUGCCUUGGCUUGUUCUUCUUAAUCAGCGCGAUUGUGAGGACCAGUGUUCUUUGAAGGAGGUGUUGGGGGCUAUGGAGCUUGAGGAGGUUGGUAUGAAGGAGUUUAGGGUGGUUGAGGGGUCAGUCUUGAAGUGGGAUGGGAUUGAUGAGGGCAUUGAGUGGUUGGUUGGCCAGUUACGAGAUCCUAGGAGUUAG